UUGUUCGCAUUGGGCAUAUGCCCGCUCUUGUGUGUUGCAGGAGACGUCUUAUGUACGUGUUAUUCCGUCGUUAAGUAUAAAAGUGAACACCUGCAGGUUUCUCGAGGAUUGUACAAGUGAGACAUUCAUUCACCAUACCUCAUCAUGGCAGAGAGUGACAAGUUGAACUGGAUGUAUGAGGGUAACAAGUCAACCUUGAAUAGAGAGGAAUACUUACUUGGUAAGCAAAUUGAUAGCAACUUUGAGAGACAGCAGGAUGAGGAGAAGGCGGCAGGUCCAGUGUAUAAAGUGGAGCACGAAAUUCUUCCCGGAUCCGUGGCGCGGAGGGAUCUUGGCCAGAUGCAAGUGGAUCUAGCCAGGAAGAUACAAGAAGACCCGCUUUUUCAAAUACGUAAGCAGGAGGAUCAAGCAUUGCAGGAGCUAAUGGAUAACCCGAUAAAGCGCAAACAACUAGAAAAGUUACGAAAAGCGGAGGCAGAAGGAGAGGACGGUAACAAGAAAAAGAAACACAAGAAACAGGAAGAAGAUAUUGACAAAAAGCUCUUUGCUAAGAUGGCUUUGUUGCUCCAGAAUGGCUCCGAGUCUAGUGAUUCGGACAGCGAUGAUCAUGAGCCUAAAAAGAAAAAGAAAACGAAGAAAAAGAAGAAGGAUGCGUCAAAGUCCAAAAAGAAAUCUCACCGUAAGGAAAAGAAAAAACGGCAUCGAAGCAGUUCCAGUAGCAGUUCCGGAAGUGAAUCGCCCGCGCCAGCCAAGAAGAAGAAGAAGCCGUCCCGCAAGCGGUCGCGGUCGCGGAGCUCCAGCGCUGGAGACCGGCGCAGCGGGAGUGAGGGGGCCUGCCGUGCGCGGCAGACGGCCCGGCCCGACGGCGUGCCAUCCAGGCGACACGCGGACAGUGCAAGCCGUCCGGAGAAGGACGGCGGAGCCGGGGAGAAGUGUGGCAGAGGACGGGACGGCAGAGGCGGUGAAAGGCACAGGCUGGAGGAGGGCAGCCGCGGUGCAGACAGGGAACGAGCGAAGCAGGACAGCAGAGGUGGACACAGGGACCGAGGAGAGCAGGACAACAGAGGCGGUCACAGGGACCGAGGAGAGCAGGACAACAGAGGCGGUCACAGG